GGUUGUAAACACCCGUAUGUACUCGCAUCUUUGUGUCCCGUGGAAACAUGUCGGGAAGGAGAGAGCCCGGUGGAGGAACUGCUUCGUCUAUCAAAUGCUCACCUGAGACAUAAAUCGAAAGCGACAGAGUCAGAAAGGAAACGGCGGCGUGUUUGUUCGAGUUUGGAGCAACUGCAGCCUUCCGCUGUCACAGAAGCGAGCCGGUCGGGAUCGGAUGGACGACUAAAGACAGACAGCCGGGGCUUGAUCUGAAGACUUAGCCUCGCAGGCAGGUGGUCGAGCCGGUUAGAGAGAAAGAGCGAGAGAGGGGGGACAGCGUGUACGGUCUCGGAUCAGAACGGGGUUUCUCCUUGCUAGGGGAUGUUAUCCGUACUGUCUUAUGGCAGACUGGUAGCCAGGGCUGUCCUGGGCGGACUCUCUCAGACGGACGGUCGGGACUACAGUCUGAUCACCGCCAGUUAUGGUUUCGGUAAAGACUUUCGCAAGGGGAUCCUGAAGAAAGGGAUGUGCUACGGUGAUGAUGCUUGCUUCAUUGCACGGCACAAGACGGCUGAUGUCUUGGGCGUAGCAGAUGGCGUAGGUGGUUGGCGGGACUAUGGUGUCGACCCAUCUCAGUUCUCUGCAACCUUAAUGAAGACCUGUGAGCGACUGGUGAAGGAGGGUCGCUUCACACCCAGUAAUCCAGUGGGCAUCCUGACCUCUGGCUACUACGAGCUAUUGCAGAACAAAGUUCCCUUGCUAGGAAGCAGCACAGCCUGCAUCGUAGUUCUGGAUCGGCGGAGUCACAGGCUACAUACAUGUAACCUUGGCGACUCUGGCUUCUUAGUGGUACGUGGUGGAGAGGUGGUUCAUCGCUCGGACGAGCAACAGCACUAUUUUAAUACACCCUUCCAGCUGUCCAUCGCUCCUCCGGGAGCCGAGGGAGUCGUGCUCAGUGACAGUCCCGAAGCGGCUGACAGCUCCUCUUUCGACGUGCAGCUUGGUGACAUCAUCUUAACCGCAACAGACGGCCUCUUUGACAACAUGCCAGACUACAUGAUUCUUCAGGAGCUCAAAAAACUCAAGACUACCAACUAUGACAGCAUCCUGCAGACUGCACAGAGCAUUGCAAAGCAAGCUCAUGAUCUUGCCUACGAUCCUAAUUAUAUGUCCCCUUUUGCACAGUUUGCCUGUGACAAUGGCCUGAAUGUAAGAGGAGGGAAGCCAGAUGACAUCACGGUGCUGCUCUCUAUCGUGGCUGAAUACACAGACUAAAAUGUGUGUGUGUGUGUGUGCGUGUGUGUGUGUAUUUGAGUGCGCUUCUCUGGGGCUGUUCCUUCCUCGCCGCCUGCCUGAGUCUUCCACCUGCGGCCCUCCCGAAAUGCACUGCGUCCUGUGGGGCUGACAGGGGAGGCCCGCCAACACCACGGCACACACUCCUUACAGCACGGCCCGUGUUAACAUUUAGUUUUCUUCCGCUGGUUUUGCUUUGCGGCUGAGGGAAGGCAGGCAGCUAGAACAUUUUGGGGUUUUUUUUCAUGUUGAUCGUGAUGCAAGAGGAGCAGAGAGAGAGAGGCGGGCUGGCAGAUCCCUUUCAUUCUUCAUCGUCUCAUCCUGUAGCAUCAACAUCUUUUUCAAUGAUGUGACAGCCCAGGACAGAUGGAUGGCCUGUAGGCUUUAAAAUCUGAAAUUAAAAUGUGAUAAGGAGUAAGCCAUGGGUUUGGAUUCUUUAGAGCGUAGUGACAGAGUUAGCAGGUGAAACCUGGCUAUUGGUCUCUGUUGUUAAUCUGUUCCAUGUGGUAAAUGUGUUUGAACAAAGCAUGUAGACUAGACUGAGGAAGCUGAAGCUGGGAUGUUGUUCGAGUAUGAAAUGUACGAGUUGGGAUUAAGUGUCUUUGCUCAGAUCAAAACUCUGUAAAGAGAAACUGUAACACUUAUUAAAGCUUUCACAUGAAGGUUAAUCAGGUGUUGUCGCUUGGCCGAGGGAACCGCACCUCCUGAUGAGUUGUAAAUAUUUUUGUUUUUUACAAACUUGUUCUGGCCUUUCUGUCUUUGAAUUGGUUGUUAAAGCGAAGAGCUGUUUCGUUACUUUAUGGAAGAUCUACACAUGCUCUCGUAUACUUUCUUGUACAGAUACUAAUCUCGAGGUGAUUUUCAUCAAUACCACACUUCCGCUUGAAAGUUGCUUCCUGAGAUUAAUCUCUGAAGCAGUCGUGUUGCAGAAAGGCCGCUAAAACAUAUGACUGGUUUGUGUGGCAUAUUUGAGAAGCUGUUGUACGUAAUGUUUAUAUUUGUUAUAAAGCUCAAGUUAGCAUCUGGGAAUGCUUACAAUUGCAGUGAUAGGUCAGGAACAAAUUUAAAGGAGAAAGAUGUAUUUUUUAAACCUUAUUUUGUUUUAAAAGCUACAGACUGAAGCAUAUGCAGAUGUGACAAACGUCCCGUGGAUGACUAAAAGAUCCAUGUAUCUUAAAAAAAAAAAAAGAAGAAGAAAUGUGCAUUGUGUGAGUCUGCUUCAAAUGUUUUGUUUCUCUGUCCCUCAUUUUCCUGUUUCAUUUGUUUGCUGCUGCUUUUGUUAUUCACGUAUGACUUGAUUUGCAUAAACGCUGUGACCGUGAUUGCGACGAGUGCGUAAACGUGCGCUCUGGAUUUCACCAAACUACACGAAUCAAAGACACUGAUGAUACCGUUCUGCUUAUGAGGGUCUAACACUUCACCUAAGUGUUGUGGAUAAACUCUUUACAAUUUAAAAGCAUGUGCACCAAAGACACAUUUUCUUUGUGUAUCUCAUUAUGCUCUUUUUUUUUUUUUUUGACACAAACAUCAUACAGCAAUACUCUAAAUACUCUAAUUUUCUUGUUCUAUGUGUGUGUGAUGGCCAGAGGUCUGUGUGGAAAUGUUCAGAAUUACAUUAAAAUGUAUUUUCUAUUCCUAAA